UCCGGUUUGAGAAGAAAGUUUGCCCUGUGUGGGGACAAGUUUGACCUGAAGUUGCGAGGCAAUCAGGGCGUUAUCUGCAGCAUAGUAUUGGACAAACUUCCAAUGAAAUAGUGUACAAGACGUCUUAUUUGUUGUUAUUUCGACCAAAGAUUUCAAGAGGAGCUCUUUGAGCAUAAGGCCCAAUAGGAUGGAUGAAGCCCAAAGGCGUAUGCCUGCUGACUCCUCCCCCUCCAGUAAUGGUCGAGAUGGAAGUCAUCAAGAUAUGUUCCAAAGGGAUCUAAUGCGUAUGGACUCAAGCUUUGCAGGCGUCACACACAGUCCAGAUUCAUCAACGCUGACGAGUGCAACUCCACAGCUACCCGAAGGUCUGGCGGUGCCGCAUCCCCACAGCGGCGGCCCCGUCGUCAUCAGCGAUGGCCUGCGGAACCCCACCGUCGAGAAACUGGAGCGGGUGCGCAAGUGGAGCAUCAACACUUACAAGUGUACCAGGCAGAUGGUGGCGGAGCGGCUGGGACGCGGUUCUCGCACAGUGGAUCUGGAUCUGGAGGCCCGCAUAGAGAAGCUCAGAGACCUGCGCAGUCGUUACGAAAACGUCACUAAGCUGGCGCAGACCCUCGCCUCGCAGACUUCCCAGGUCACACAGACUCAAAGGCUUCUGGGAGAUGUAUUUGCAGACCUCAGCAUCAAGACCCCUGAGCUACACGAAGAAUUUGGUUUCAAUGCAGAGACUCAAAGAUUCCUAUCCAAAAAUGGAGAGGAAUUGCUGAGAUCCAUGAACUCCUUCACUGCCGGCAUGAACACUUUGGUCAACCAGACCAUUGAGGACACCAUGGUCACUGUGAAACAGUAUGAGAAUGCCAGGAUUGAGUACGACGCGUACCGCACAGACCUGGAGGAGCUGAACAUGGGCCCACGGGACGCCAUCACCAUGCCCAAGAUCGAGCAGGCCCAGGCCCUCUACCAGACGCACCGGCAGAAGUACGAGAGGACCAGGGACGACCUGUCCAUCAAACUCAAACUCCUGGAGGAGAACAGGGUGAAGGUCCUGCAGAAGCAGCUGAUCCUGCUGCACAGUGCGGUGGCGGCGUACUACGCCGGCAACCAGCAGAAGCUGCACCAGACGCUGCAGCAGUUCCAGCGCAGGCUCCGCACGCCCCCCGACACAGGCCUGCAGUCCUGGCUGGAGGAGUGCUGAACACUACACUACACCCCCCUCUUGCCUCUCCUCCUCUCCUGCCCUCACCCUCCUUCAUCGUGUCCUCUCUAAUCCCUCUAUCCCCUUCACCCUGUAAUCAUUUACUCUACUGGUUGUGGACACACACCUACAAACACACAAUUACGCACACGCACAAAAUCAAAUACAAGCCUAUGUCCACACACAUCCUUUUUUUGCUUUGUUUUUUUUUUUUUUAUUGGAGAAAAGUUUUGGAUGGGUAGUGGGCUGAUGAGUAAGGGGACUUGUUAAGACCAAAGUGUUGUGGAAAGAUCUGUGGAGAAGAAAAGUGUUGUGGAAAGAUCUGUGAAGAAGAAAAGUUAAGGGCUUCACCAUCUGUAACUUAAUCUUCCUACCUAAAUGGGAGAUGCGGAUGGGCCAGUUACUUGAGUGUUGCUAAUGAGAUUUUGUUAACCUGUCAUACAUUUCCAUGGCAGCACAUUGUAAUUGAGAUUAUUGGUGAUCAUGUUCAUAUUUAUUUUGUUUCUCUCCAAAUUAGUCACAGAAUAUGAUGUUUACAGUGUACCAUAUGCCUUAUGUUCCAAACAAAUGACCAAAGAAGCUGCUAAACCCUAAUUGAGUACAAACUAGAGCACGUACUGCAGUACUCCAGUGUUGGGAUUUCACUGCGCAUUAGAUCAUCUCAGAGGUGACCUUUAUGGUUCAGGUGCUCAGGUGUUUUUAAACAAUAGAAAUAGUAAAUCUGACUGUUUCAGUGAUUCAGUGGUCACAAGACUUCUCUGGUCAAAUCGAAGUGAACCUUAACCUGUGGAUUUGUGUCUGUAGCUGACCAUUCAUGUUAUCCCUGUCCCUCAAAACAUUCCUUUGUGUAUUGUUAAGAUGGUUAUUUGUAUUCGGAGUUUCCAGGCAGUUAUUGUACAUUGUAAGUACUAUAGUUACUGAAUGAUAUACUCAUUAAAAACAUAUUGGUGUAAAUUCUGAUACAGCCAGUAAUAUGUAACGUCCAGAGGAUGUGCCAAAGUGUUUUCCUGGUAUGCCCUCUGAUUUGUGCCUUAUAUGUCUCAACAGUAAUAUGCAAAAGUACUGGUGUAUGCAUGCAGGAGUCUAACUGUUAACCUAUAUUGUUGAUGAUGUUCAUAGCAAGAAAACGUGAACAACUCUUCAUUUUCUGUGCUCAUGUACAUUCCAAUAGUUGCCAGUUCUCAUUUUACCUCAAAUAAGCACCAAACUAUUAUGGGAUGUGGCAAUGAAAAUACAAAUGUUUACUUCUUGAAUUAUAUCCAAACAAGGUUAUUGUAAAAAAAAAAAGAUCUCUACCUAUUUGUCCAUGUACAGAUACACAUAAAUGAGUGUGUGUUAAUGUAAUGAGUAUAUGCAGUGUGUUCUGUAUAACAUUUCCAUCUAUCGCAAUGUGGAACAAUUAAAACCAUUGGGACCACCAAAGAUGUUUCUGUUUUGAACACCCCAAGUUUAUAAAGCAACUUAGUUUACAGAUGCUGUGUAAUCACUUUACA